GGCUCGUCAGUCAAGCUGGUUCUCGGUUCGCGCUCGGCAGCACAGGCAGGCGAGUGGUCCCUAGUUGCGGGCGCCGAGCAGCAGAGCCCCCGUCCUGGUCCUCCAGCCCCAAGCCUCGCCUGCCCGCCCGGCACCAGGAUGGCCACCAUCACCUGCACCCGCUUCACGGAAGAGUACCAGCUCUUCGAGGAACUGGGAAAAGGAGCCUUCUCAGUGGUGCGCAGGUGUGUGAAGGUGCUGGCUGGCCAGGAGUAUGCUGCUAAGAUCAUCAACACCAAGAAGCUAUCAGCCAGAGACCAUCAGAAGCUGGAGCGCGAAGCCCGCAUCUGCCGCCUGCUGAAGCACCCCAACAUCGUCCGGCUCCAUGACAGCAUCUCUGAGGAGGGACACCAUUACCUGAUCUUCGACCUGGUUACUGGUGGGGAGCUGUUUGAGGACAUCGUGGCCCGGGAAUAUUACAGUGAGGCUGACGCCAGUCACUGUAUCCAGCAGAUCCUGGAGGCCGUGCUGCACUGCCACCAGAUGGGUGUGGUGCACCGGGACCUGAAGCCGGAGAAUCUGUUGUUGGCUUCCAAGCUCAAGGGCGCCGCGGUGAAGCUGGCGGACUUCGGGCUGGCCAUCGAGGUGGAAGGGGAGCAGCAGGCAUGGUUCGGGUUCGCAGGGACGCCUGGAUACCUGUCCCCAGAAGUGCUGCGGAAGGACCCGUAUGGGAAGCCUGUGGACCUGUGGGCCUGUGGGGUCAUCCUGUACAUCCUGCUGGUUGGGUAUCCGCCAUUCUGGGAUGAGGACCAGCACCGCCUGUACCAGCAAAUCAAAGCCGGCGCCUAUGAUUUCCCGUCACCAGAAUGGGACACCGUCACCCCAGAAGCCAAGGAUCUGAUCAAUAAGAUGCUGACCAUCAACCCAUCCAAACGCAUCACGGCCGCCGAGGCCCUCAAGCACCCUUGGAUCUCGCACCGGUCCACGGUGGCCUCCUGCAUGCACAGACAGGAGACCGUGGACUGCCUGAAGAAGUUCAACGCCAGGAGGAAACUGAAGGGAGCCAUCCUUACCACUAUGCUGGCUACCAGGAACUUCUCUGGCUCCCCAUCUCCAGGCCGCCGGGAGAAGGACGUACAGUGGCUACCAUUUACUGACCAGCUACUGCAUCCAGGAGGGAAGAGCGGAGGAAACAAGAAGAAUGAUGGUGUGAAGAAAAGAAAGUCCAGUUCCAGCGUUCAGUUAAUGGAAUCUUCAGAGAGUACCAAUACCACCAUUGAGGAUGAAGACACCAAAGUGCGGAAACAGGAGAUUAUAAAAGUGACGGAGCAGCUGAUCGAAGCCAUAAGCAAUGGAGAUUUCGAGUCCUACACGAAGAUGUGUGACCCUGGGAUGACCGCUUUCGAACCUGAGGCCCUGGGGAACCUGGUCGAGGGCCUGGACUUCCAUCGAUUCUAUUUUGAAAACCUGUGGUCCCGGAACAGCAAGCCCGUGCACACCACCAUCCUGAACCCCCACAUCCAUCUGAUGGGCGACGAGUCGGCCUGCAUCGCCUACAUCCGCAUCACGCAGUACCUGGAUGCGGGUGGCAUCCCCCGCACGGCCCAGUCGGAGGAGACCCGAGUGUGGCACCGCCGGGAUGGCAAAUGGCAAAUUGUGCACUUCCACAGAUCUGGGGCGCCCUCCGUCUUGCCCCAUUGAAGGACCGGGCUGGGGGCCCCGUACUGCAGAGAUUUUCUCUUCGUUCAUGGAAUGUGGCUGCUGGUUCUCCCACUUGGAUUGUGCUGGAAUUCCCCCAAUUACGUCACCCCACACCACCACCACCACCACCAUCACCGCCACACCUGCGUCAAGAAAACCUGACUGUUCACAAAAGCUAUCACGACUUCAGAGCAAAUAGCCACAUCUCCCUGCCACCACCUGUCACUCUCCGUCUCCUGCCAGGCCGGGGCUUCCUCAGGCCUGGGUGCCCUGGGUGCCCUGGGUGCUGGCUCCAAGGACUCCCCCUCCUGGCUGCCGUGAGCCUGCUCUUGCCUUGGCUAUAGGCCAGAAUGCCCAGCUGUGCGUCCCCCAGGGGCUGAGGAAAAAGAGGGGUGGAAUCAGGAGGAAUGUGGCAUCUGCCACCAUCUCCCUGACUCCCCUCUUCCAGGGUCCCCCCAACCCCUGAGCCAGCCUCCCCUGUGGGAGAGGGUGAGAGGGGAGCAGACACCAGGAGCUCCCCCCCACCCAUCCCAGCAACAAAACUGCCUCCCUAGCCCUUCUCCCAUCCUGUCCCGUCUUCUGUCCCCGCGGACCCUUCCCCUCAGCGUGUGGAGCACGAUCGUCUCAGGGUGCCCUCACUCUUCUCCUCCGGCUGAUGUUCACCUCCAACAGUAACGCCCAUUCCACCCCUCCAUCAGCCCUGGAGAAUUCCAGCUCCGUCACAUCUGAGGGAGAGAAUCUGAUUGCUUUUUGGGGGCAAAGAAGGCAACGUUUAGGUAUCACUUCCACUUGGACCGCAUGCCUUUUUAUAGCCAAACUUCUGUGUGUUUCCUAAAUGGAUUUUGCGUUCAUGGAUAUUUAUGUGAUAACUAAGCCUCUCAAAUUAUUGUGAGGAAGGUUGGGUUGGGUUGGGAAGGGAUGUGGGAGGAGGGAUGAGGGGUAGUUUUUUUUCUGUUCUAGGUCUUUUUUUUUUUUUCUUUUUAAUGUCAUCUCUGAGAUGGACUUUGUCACCUGUGGUUAUCUGAGGUUGAGGUGGACUGAGUCCCAGGGGAUGGAGGGGUGCAGGAGGUGAGGGGAAGAGGGCCUUGUUGACAUUUUGGUCCUAAGGUUCCUUUUCAGGACUGAGAAACACCAGAUGUUAAUGCUAAGAAAUAGCAAAUCAGAGCAGAGAGAGUGGGGGGAGGUUGUCAAGACGGAAAUAUCUUUCUUUUUUUUUUUUUUGCUUGCCUCCCAAACUGAGGUCCCCACUACGAUGUUUCCCAGCCUCCCAGGACUUCACCCUACUGCCUCUGUGUGCCCUCCCCCCUCCCCCAGUCUCUGGGGCUCAUGAGCAUGUGUCUCCAUUGCCUUUCCCCUCCGCACCUGCUGGUCCAAGCAGAGCGCUGGGAUUUCUCCUCUUCACGCCUCGUCCCGCAGCCAUGGGUUCGAAUCUCUUCCUUUCCCUUCCUCUUUCCCUCUCCCCCUCCCCCCCCGGGACUGACUCUGAUGUGGAAAGCCUUGGCACAUCCACUAGGUUCUUACUGUCUGCAUUGUUUUCUUUGCAUGACUUUAUAUGCAGUAAGUAUGUCGAAAAAAAAAAGAAAAGAAGAAAAAAUACUCAGCAAAACCAAUCUACAUGUUUUGGACAAAAAAAAAAAAAAUAGAGGUUGUAUUCUCAGUGUCCGACUCGGAAUUAUGUUGCCGCCUCUCUGUGCUUUUGGCCUCUGUGUGGCCGUGUUUUGCCAGCAUGAGAUACUGUCCCCUCUGGAGGAUUUUAGGGGAGGAAGAGCCACACCCCCAGGGAUUUGCAGGAGGCUCGGGCUCCCCCCAAACCUCUGGGGAGUCCUGAGUGUUAGCUGGAGGACUGGAGGGGUGGGGGGGGGUGUUUGAUCUAGGACUUUCUGAGUUUUCUCUGAUUGUGAAUUGUGUGCUGGGCCCUUUGCACGACUGCUGCUGCCCUGGGGACAGGUGAGGCAGGCUAUUCUGGGGCUGCAGGCCAGGAAGGAGGCUGCUUGGGCCUCCUGGUCUCUAAACUGGUUGAUCACUGGCCUCUAUUCUUGGCAGACACCCCACUGCCGAGGCCCAGGGGCAGGCCCUCGGUCUGCCCCCAGUCCGGAGGGCUUCCCAGUACGGCCCAGUGAUCCCAGCAUCCCAGCAACAAAACCGCCUGCCUCCCUUGUGAGCUGCCAGCUCCCACAGCCAUCCCUCAGCCACGGGUGAGGGUGCAGCCUUCACAGGGGAUGCUGCAAGUGCCAAGACAAAGUCUGGUCCCUGUUCCAGCCUCAGUUUCCCCAUCAGUUAAAGGAUUAAAUAUUCCUGCCAAGCCAAUGUCGCAGGGCUGACGGGGGAUCAAACAGGAUGGCAAAGUGAAGACCAAUAUACCUGCAGGAACAGACAGGAUCCACUGGCUGGAUGCCUUGGCCAGCCCCUCACCGCUCCCCCGCCUGCCCCCCGUUAUCCUCUUUGGUGCCUGUCAACUGUUUAUUAGCAGUGGACUGUGAGGAAAGAGCCACGUUUUGGGGGUUAGUAGGAUUCCAUCCCCGGUUCUGACCAGACUUGCUGUGUGACCCUGGGCAAGUCCUUUUCCCUCUCUGGCCCUGGGUUUUCCCACCAGGGGUAACUGAGCUGGAGGACCCCAAUAUCCCGAUCUUUACUUGCUGACAUGCCUCCUGUCUACUGUGUCUGGUUCCGAACGCCAGAGAAACAGAGGCCAGUCCCUGACCCCAGGAGGACAUGGCCCCACGGGGAAGGCCACUUCUGUGCACGGAUUGUCAGCCAGUGUGGACCACAGGGCAUCAAUCAGCCUGAUCCUGAGGCAGCACGCAGGGGAGGCUGGCGGACCAAGUGGCCCAGAGCCCACCCCCACCAGUCAGUGAGACUCUGC